AUGACAGCAGCCUUACCAAUCAUCGAUUUGCAGUCGUUCGACUCGGCAGAGGACCUGGCGGUGGAGCUGAUGCGCGUUGGCAGGGACCCCGGCUUCUUUUAUGUCGUUGGACACGAACUGGGCGACCAUGUGGCUGCAGGAAUGUUUGCUCUCGCCGAGGCCUUCUUCAACACACCCCUGAAGGACAAAUUGGCAUACGCAAAUGGUAGUGGCGAUCUGGUCAGUCUACAGACUUUGUAA